UCUUAUGUAAUAAUCAUUAUUACAGUUGCUAAAUUCAGUGUUUCUUUCCACACACGGGGAGCAGUUGUUGUAUGUUUAUUUGGAGGGUUUAAUCCAUGGUCCUGAAGUGUCCGCUGCUCAGGAGUCGGUUAACUGUUCAUGUAGCACAAAGCUGCGGAUCAUGUUUCCUGUAUCAGUUUACUCACUGGCCUAUUUUCCACUCAGGGGUCAGCACCAGAAGGGGGGGGUCAGAAAGCUGGUGCAUGAGGUCUUACGGUCCCGCUAGGAGAACCCAUGGAGCCAGACAUCAUACCCUUGCACUCCUCCUCCCCCCCUCCACUGGAUGAUGACAGUGAUGGGGAGGCGGGAUCAGACGAGGACGAGUUUGGGGACUUUGGGGGAUUCUCUGUCAGGGUGUCCCGCUCGCCUCCUGGCUUUGCUGAUUCUACUGAUUCACGAUCCAGCCUCAGACAGCCUUCUACCACCAUAAAGCCAGCCACCCAUCAAUCCAAUUGUAGCUUUAAUCACCCGGUUGAACAAUCUCAACCCACGUCCGCUGAGGACUCGGGGUCCGUCAGGGGCCAGAUAUUCGUGGAAGGGCAGGAUUGUAAUGCUGAAUCAUAUGUGAACCUCUCAAAUGGGUUCCCUGAAAGAGACCAUAACUCUAAGAUCCACAUAGCCUCUGCAGAGCGUGCAUGCUCUCCCAGGGAAGAGACAGGGUUUGCAGAUUUCACUGUGUUUACAGAGCAGGCAGCGCAUCCCUGGUGCUGUGGCUUCUCUCCCAUGGGCGGCAAAGAGCAAUGGGUUAACAUUGGAGGGGAAAGAAGAGACUCUUCCAACAGUUUGGGUGAUCAAAUCUGUGAUCCAGAACAUCAUGUUGUUAUGGACUCUGAGCCCAGGUCUCAUUGUGCAUGUAAGGCAAAAGAAAAUGUUUGCACUAAGGUCAAGCACUGUGAGAAAAGAGAUGCAGCCCUCGUGCAACCAUCUCAGGACCACCAUCAGCCUCAGGAAGCUGCAGCAGCUUUGGAUAUUCCACCUGAAGAGCCUCAUUCUGGGGAGGAGGAGAUAGGUAUGCAUGGGGACAGUGCAAGGGAAAGGAGACACAGUCUCAGUUCUUUGCAAACCACAGAGGUGCAGGAGGAUGGAGAGUUGGACAAAGACGAAGAAGAUAGAGAAAAGAGCAUUUCUGCUGUCCCCCAAACUUUCAGUGUGUAUGAGUCUGCUUCAGAGGAUCUGGCGUCCUUCUUUGAUGAUUUGUCUUUUGAGGGAGUUUCUGCAGACUUGGAACCAAAUGUUUCAUCUCUUGUUUCACAAGAUGAUCUGACUGACUGUGACCAGACUGAUGAUGACGAGGAAGAAGAACUGGGAAUCGACAGUAUGGCAAAUCUCAGACCGUCUGAGGCAGAGAAGGGUUUUCAGUAUUGCUCCCAUUCUGUGACUCAGGAAACUUCUGCUACCUCCAACCACUCACAACCUGGAACACACACAGAAGACAGUUUUGCAGACUUCAAAGACUGUAGUUUUGAGCAUCACAGUUUUGAUCAAGGACACGUCCAAACAGCUGAUGCUGCUGUGGUGCUGAGUCUAGGAAACCUCCCACCGAGUGACAGCUUUGCUGAUUUCUGCUCGGCGCCCACACAGGAGGAUGAUGAGGAGUCGUGGGCGGAGUUCAAAGACCAGAGGUCUCAGGAGGAGGAAGAAACUUGGACUCAUCUCAGAGAGCCGGUCAGCAUCCUGCUGACUGAUGGGGACACUAAGGAGGAGAAGGACAGGGCAGAGCAAUAUGGUGUUUCCAGGAGAAACAGCUCUCAGGAUUCACUCUCCUGCCGUGUUCAGCAGCUUCUCCUGGCCAGUUUUCCACAGGUAGAGUUCUCAGCUGUGGAAGGUGAAGAGGAGGUGCUCAGCCUCGGUGCUCUGCUUCACGCCCAACACCUCCCUGACAGUGAAGAGGAGGAGAUACCUGAACUCUGUCCCAGAUCUCAGUGGAUUCGGCGGGGGGUGUGGAGGCCACAUCAGGACCUCCACGAUGCAGUCGGCCUCCAGUUUCAGUGGGGAGGUUCCUACGCUAACAGGACUCUUCUCAGGUGCCUUUGUGUGGAGACAAGAAACAUUGUGUUCAUUGGCAUGAAGAAGCAGCCAGUGGCUGUGCCUGCUUUUGCAUCCAGCCUGGGAAUGCUCGAGCCCACCAAAGACUCUGUACCAGCUGUCUGUUCUCCAGGACACACGGCGAUCAGCACCACACAAGCACUUCCAGAACCACGGGACACACCGGACCCCUCAACAGAUUCAAUGCAGGAGGCGCUCCCUUCCAGCCAGCUGGACUGGAGCAGCCGUGGCCUUAGCAGCUCUCAGGACGACUGCUCUGCUCUCAACCUGGAUUAUUUUGGUCCUGAAGAGGAGAGCAGAUCCUACAGCAGCAGCAGCCGUAGCAACAGUCCUCCUCCAGGAGUUGACCCUGAGCUGUAUGAGUUGACCAUCAGCAAACUGGAAACCGGCGCUAGUAGCAGCCACAUGGACGACACUUUGAACCGUCUGAUGUCCACUGCAGAGAAAACCAGCACUUCAGUCAGGAAGCCUCAGCCGGAUGAGGAGCUGAGUGUGGAGGCUGGCAGGCUGAUCGCUGGACUGCCGAACCUUUAUUUCAUGCAGGCCAAGGUCCUUAUGUUCCCAAGCAUCCUCCAACCCAAAGAAAGCUGUUCCCCAAGAUUACAGUGAUGUGUGAUCUCCACACACAUUUACACCGAAUGCUUAAUCUACCACAAAUUGCAAUUAACAAAGGAUUCAAAUACACCAAACAAGAGGCAUUGUGAACUCUAAAGUAGUGAGUUGAUCUUCCUGCUUCGGUCAAAAUGCUCCACCUGCUGGCUAACUUCAGUCUGAACCCUAAACAAUUCAGCUUUUGUCAGUAGAGAGGCUAAAUACCUCCACAUGUAUCAGCUCAUUCACUGUACAAUAAUCUGCAAAGAACAAAAAAACUGGUCUGCAGUUUUAAUCCUGUUUGUUUUGAAGUAUUACUCUUCUUAAAGUCGAGUGUUGUGGUUUAUUUUGUUGACUGACACAUUUAUUCACUCCAGUUUUAACCAGAUUUUAUUUCUACAACAAUCAACAAC